CAAUUUUCUCAGUUGAUAUUCACCCUGACGGGACCAAGUUUGCAACUGGAGGACAAGGGCAGGAUUCUGGGAAGGUUGUGAUCUGGAAUAUGUCACCAGUCCUCCAGGAGGAUGACGAGAAGGAUGAGAAUAUCCCCAAGAUGCUCUGCCAGAUGGACAAUCAUUUAGCAUGUGUGAACUGUGUGCGGUGGUCAAACAGUGGCAUGUAUUUAGCUUCUGGGGGAGAUGACAAACUGAUUAUGGUGUGGAAGCGGGCUACGUAUAUCGGCCCCAGUACUGUCUUUGGCUCCAGUGGCAAGCUUGCCAACGUGGAGCAGUGGCGCUGUGUCUCCAUCCUGCGAAGUCAUUCAGGCGAUGUGAUGGAUGUGGCGUGGUCACCCCAUGACGCCUGGCUGGCCUCGUGCAGCGUGGACAACACGGUUGUCAUCUGGAAUGCUGUGAAGUUCCCAGGGCUGACCUGGGAUCCUGUUGGCAAAUACAUUGCCUCUCAAGCUGACGACCGCAGCCUGAAGGUGUGGCGCACACUGGACUGGCAGUUAGAGACCAGUAUCACCAAGCCUUUUGAUGAGUGUGGAGGUACAACCCAUGUGUUGCGGCUCAGCUGGUCACCCGAUGGGCACUACCUGGUGUCUGCUCAUGCUAUGAACAACUCCGGCCCCACUGCCCAGAUCAUUGAACGGGAGGGCUGGAAAACCAACAUGGACUUCGUGGGGCACCGGAAAGCCGUGACUGUUGUGAAAUUCAACCCCAAAAUCUUCAAAAAGAAGCAGAAGAAUGGAAGUUCAGCAAAGCCCAGCUGCCCCUAUUGCUGCUGUGCCGUGGGCAGCAAGGACCGCUCACUUUCCGUCUGGCUUACAUGUCUGAAGCGGCCUCUGGUUGUCAUCCAUGAGCUGUUUGACAAGUCCAUCAUGGAUAUUUCCUGGACUCUUAAUGGACUGGGCAUUCUAGUGUGCUCCAUGGAUGGCUCGGUGGCCUUCCUCGACUUCUCCCAGGACGAACUUGGAGACCCCCUGAGCGAGGAGGAAAAGAGCCGCAUCCACCAGUCCACCUACGGGAAGAGCUUGGCCAUCAUGACCGAGGCACAGCUCUCUACAGCUGUCAUCGAGAAUCCUGAGAUGCUCAAGUACCAGAGGAGGCAGCAGCAGCAGCAGCUGGGCCAGAAGGGGGCGUCUGCACGGGAGAGCAGCUCAGCUACCUCUGUUGCUGUAAAUGGAGAGAGCCUAGAGGACAUCAGGAAGAAUCUCUUGAAGAAACAAGUGGAGACGCGAACAGCCGACGGUCGGAGAAGGAUCACACCCCUCUGCAUAGCGCAGCUGGACACUGGGGACUUCUCCACGGCCUUCUUUAACAGCAUCCCCCUCUCCGGGUCUCUGGCGGGCACCAUGCUCUCCUCCCACAGCAGUCCACAGCUCCUGCCCCUGGAAUCCAGCAGCCCCUGCUCCUUCGGCAUCUCCAAGCCUUCCACGGAGCAGAUGGUGGCAGUUGGGUCCAAGCCUGCGGGGGAAGCUGUCGGGAAAGACAGUGUGACUGCUACCUCGACACCCACCGCCUCAUCCCCCUCUGUGCUAACCACCCCCUCCAAGAUUGAACCCAUGAAAGCCUUUGACUCCCGGUUCACGGAGCGAUCCAAAGCCACGUCGGGGACUCCUGUCUUGACCAGUGUGCCACCAACAGUCACGGAAAGGUUGAAAGAGCAAAACCUGGUGAAGGAGAGCAGGUCCCGAGACCUCCAGGAGAGCAGCAGUGACAGCGACGAGAAGGUCCCUGUGACCAAGCCCUCUUCCCUCUCCAAGCGGAGACUGGAGCUGGAAGCUGAGACAGUGGAGAAGAAGAAGAAAGGGCGGCCUCGGAAGGACUCCCGUCUCAUGCCCAUGUCUCUGUCCGUCCAGUCUCCAGCCUCCCUGACAGCCGAGAAGGAUGCCUCUUGUCUGUCUGCACCAGCACUUGCACUGAAACUGCCCAUCCCUGGCGCACAAAGAGCAUUCACCCUGCAGGUGAGCUCCGACCCCUCCAUGUACAUUGAGGUGGAGAAUGAAGCGACUGCCGUGGGUGGCGUGAAGCUGAGCCGCUUGAAGUGCAACCGGGAAGGGAAGGCAUGGGAGACAGUGCUCACCAGCCGGAUACUCACCGCUGCCGGCAGCUGUGACGUGGUGUGUGUUGCCUGUGAGAAGAGGACGCUGUCUGUGUUCUCCACCUGCGGCCGCCGGCUCCUCCCUCCCAUCCUCCUGUCAUCCCCCAUCUCCACUUUGCACUGCACGGGCACCUACGUCAUGGCGCUCACGGCCGCAGCCACACUGUCUGUCUGGGACAUCCACAGACAGGUGGUGGUGGUCAAAGAAGAGUCUCUACACUCCAUCUUGGCAGGAAGUGAUAUGACAGUGUCACAGAUCCUGCUGACCCAGCAUGGGAUUCCAGUGAUGAACCUGUCCGAUGGAAAGGCCUACUGCUUUAACCCGUCCCUUUCUACAUGGAACCUGAUUUCUGACAAGCAGGACUCGCUGGCACAGUGUGCAGACUUCAGGAGCAGCCUGCCGUCCCAGGAUGCCAUGCUGUGCUCAGGACCCUUAGCCAUCAUCCAGGGCCGCACCUCCAAUUCUGGACGACAGGCUGCCCGGCUCUUCUCCAUGCCUCAUGUGGUGCAGCAGGAGACCACCUUGGCCUACCUAGAGAACCAGGUGGCUGCUGCACUUAGCCUGCAGUCCAGCCAUGAGUACCGCCACUGGCUCCUCAUCUAUGCACGCUACCUCGUGAACGAAGGGUUUGAAUACCGACUCCGAGAAAUAUGCAAGGACUUACUGGGUCCGGUUCACUAUUCCACCGGGAGCCAGUGGGAGUCAACAGUAGUGGGCCUGCGGAAGCGAGAGCUGCUGAGGGAGCUGCUGCCGGUCAUUGGGCAGAACCUCCGCUUCCAGCGCCUCUUCACUGAAUGCCAGGAGCAGCUGGACAUCCUGAGAGACAAGUAGCCUGUCUUGCCCACCGUGGUUGCUGCAAAAGCCGGGCCACCACCUGGCCCCUGACUGCCACAAGAGGAGGAGGAGCAGGCGCCCCAUGCUGACACAGACACAUAUACCCGUGUCCUGGGCCGAGGAUCCCCCCUCAGGGGGCAGCACAGCCCACAGCCAGCCCUUCCUCCUUCCAGGAGCCCAUGUCCACCGCCACUCCCACCAGCCGGCUCCCAGGUGGACACCAGGUGGACCCCCUUGUGGGUCCCCCUGCUGAGCCACCUAGGGGAGUGCAGGUGAGCGGGACCGUCCAGGAGUCUACUAUCAGGGCCAGGCAGUACCUGUGCACAAGGAGAGCCCGUUCCUGCCCACGGACUAUUUUUGUACUAGAAUUUGCUAACUUGUAAUACAGACCCCUCCUUCCGGCCAAGAAUCAGGAUUCCCUAUAAGUCACUUGGACACUGGUCACUUGUAGGAAAUUUAAACUCUAAUUAUGACAGCUACAUGAAAGAUAAUUGUACUGAAAUUAACUUGUCUAUCUUAAUUUGGUUUUAAUUCUUAAAUGUUUGUAUAAAGAGACUUUUUGG